AUGUCUGAACCCAUCCCCGAGUCGAUACCCACAUCCGCCGACUCGCGCUCUCAUCGCCCGACAAAGAAGCGCGCCCUCACUCCACGCUCAGCACAAGCCUCACAGGUCGAGGCCCUCUUCGCAAAACCCGACCGCGACAUCCACAUCCCAGGCUCCAGCGCACUAGCCAAAUCCUCUCUGCCCCCAGAAAUUGUUGCCAAUGUACAAGGAUCUAGCGCAGGUGCUGGAAGUGGCGAGUUCCACGUCUACAAGGCGAGUCGGAGACGCGAAUACGAGAGGCUGAGGAUGAUGGAUGACGAAGUGAAAAAGGAGGAGGAUGAAAAGGAGUUUGCAAAGCGGAAAGAAGAACUAGAGAAGAAGGACAAAGAGAAGACCGAGAAGAACCGACUGAAGAGGGAGAAGGCGCGACAGAGGAAAGAGAAGGCUAAGAAGGGUGGAAAGGGCGGCGACAGGGAUGGCACGCCGACCGCAGAGGACAGUAAGACGAAGAAGAAGUUGGCGCCGAAUGCGAACGCACCAAAGACUGGUACAGAAGAGGACACGGAUACAAACAACCAAGGUGGAGAGGUCAAGAAUGCCGAAGAGAUUGGCUUGGUCAUCGAAGACGACGAUUGA